GAAAAUUUUAUUAAGAGAUAAUAAAUACUGCAAUAUUUUAUAUCGAACAAAUCUUCGCUGUAGUUUCUUGUCAGCGAUAGGAAACAUUUUUAUGACGAAUUAUUUUCCAUCAAUGAUAGAAUAAAUAUUGGAGAAGGAAGAUUGCAAUCAUCGUCGUACAUUACUCGAGAAUGAAAAGAAACACAAUUUUAAAGAAGCGAAACGUUUAUUGGAUCGAGGAGACUCCAAAGUUAUCAAUAACUUUUCCAAAGGAAAAGCUCGGACAAGCGAAAACGAUUCUGCAUGGCACAUCUGCAAAUCUAAAAUACAAAUUUUUUCAACGCGAAUUAAUCAAACGAGGUACGGCUCUGUUAAGGUGUAAGGAGGGCACGUUUCGCGUGCGAAAGAUAUACGGAGAUGGCAAUUGCAUGUUUAGGGCAAUCAGCUAUAUUUUAUGGCGGAACGAGGAAGAGCACCAAUCGCUCCGAGCUAUGGUUGUGCGACACAUUAGGGAUAAUUGGCAAGAGUACGGUCCCUUCGUGAUGGCUGAAUGGAAUAUUUCGGAUCGCCAAGAGUACUACGAUUACAUGAAUCCAGUGGGUACGUUCGCCAGUGAACUGGAAUGUACAGUGGCCACAAAACUCCAUCGCAUGAAUCUCUCGAUCUAUCGCGAACUCGCCGGCAGAUACGAGCUCGAACUGGUUUUCCACAACCGCGUGAACAUCCACUACGAAACCGCGAGGCUCCUGUUCACCGGAUGCUCCGAAAACGGUCAUUACGAUGUAUUGUUACCCGAUUCGAUGUCGAGCUUUUACGUGAGUUAGCAAAAAUGGGUAAAAUUGAGAUUUUUUAUUUUUAAUAGAAGAGAUCUCAAAUAAAAAAUGCAACAAAUUUAUAUUAAAAUUUACUUUGUUAGUGUUCU